AUGCUAACUAGCUCCCCAGAAGGUGGGAAUUUUGAACCCAUUCAAAUAUCACCUGCUGUCUUUCCACAUACGCCAUUUCCAAAUGUCAGUUUGCCUCCAAUGUAUCCCACCAAUCCUAGUACCUAUGAGCCCAUUUUGACUGGAAGAUGCCCUGUAAACUUUUCUGUCAUCUCAAGUGUCAUGGAAAAAACAGCAUCAGACUGCAACCAGCUGUUUGCAGGAGUAGUUGCAAAUGUCAUAUGUUGCCCACAACUUAGUAGCUUGCUCCACAUAUUCAAGGGAUUCUAUAGUGCCAAUUCUGAUAAUUUAGUUUUACAAAAUGCAGCUGCAGAUGAUUGCUUUAAAGAUAUUGUCAGUAUAUUAGCCAGCAGAGGCGCUAACAACUCAAUAUCAACCAUAUGCUCCAUGAAAUCUUCAAAUCUGACUGGUGGCUCAUGUCCUGUGAAGGACAUAGCCACUUUCGAGAGAACAGUGAACACAAGCAUGUUAAUAGAUGCUUGCAGUACAAUUGAUCCUCUUAAAGAAUGUUGCCGACCAAUUUGUCAACCUGUAAUUAUGGAAGCUGCAUUUUUGUUGUCAGGAGUGCAAUCAUAUAUGAACAAUAAUAAGAAUGCAGUUGGGCUGCCUAAUCAGUUUGAUGUGGUUAAUGAUUGCAAAGGGGUAGUCUUUUCAUGGAUAUCAAGAAAACUUCCUCAUGAUUCUGCAAACAAGGCAUUCCGGAUAUUGUCUGCCUGCAAAGUCAAUAAAGCAUGUCCAUUGGAGCUGAGACAACCCUCUAAAGUAAUUGCAGCAUGCCUCAAUGUUUCUGCCCCUAGUCAUUCAUGUUGUAGCUCCCUAAAUAAUUACAUAGCUGGUAUACAAAAACAAAUGCUUAUAACAAAUCGGCAAGCAAUACUAUGUGCAACCAUGUUUGGCUCCGUCUUGAAGAACGGUGGUGUGAUGGCAAAUGUUUAUAAGCUUUGUAACGUAGACAUAAAAGAUUUUAGUCUCCAAGCGUACGGACAAGAAGGGUGUUUACUUCCUAGCCUGCCUGCGGAUAUGGUAUAUGAUAAUUCAUCAGGCUUUAGCUUUCAUUGUGAUUUGACGGACAAUAUUGAAGCUCCAUGGCCAUCGUCAUCAUCCACCAUCACAUCAUUGUCUCUUUGUGCUCCAGAGAUGUCUUUGCCUGCACUACCUACGUCACUGAAUCUGGGUAACCCUGGCUAUUAUGGAGGUGGGGUGGACCUCUUUGUUCCUAUUCUUUUAAUUUUUGGUGUUGGUGCAUUAUUCUUUUGA